CACCUACUGCAGAGGAUGAAUAACCUAUACAUAAUAACUCAUCUCUUCUCCCAGGGUUACAUCAAGGCCAAGAACUACCCGUCCAGCACCAGCGUGAAGGUGAUGACGGAGGGAGGGGAGUCGGCCAUGUUUAAACACAUGUUCAAAUCCUGGAGCGACAGAGGACAGACUCAGGGUCUGGGGUCCGCCUACAGCAUGGGGAAGAUAGCAAAGGUAGAGCAGGUGAAGUUCGAUGUGAUGGAGCUCCACGCCCGCCCCGAGCUGGCGGCACAGCAGCGCAUGGUGGACGACGGAUCUGGAGAUGUGAAGGUGUGGCGUAUCGAGGACUUGGAGCUGGCUGAAGUUAACCCCAGUACUUACGGGCAGUUUUAUGGAGGAGACUGCUACUUGGUGCUGUACACAUACAGGAUAUCCAACCAGCAGCAGUACAUACUCUACAUGUGGCAGGUCAGGACCCUCA